AUGGAGAAUAACAUGUUUCAAGAGCUUAUUGAUAUGGCCAACGAGAUUGUUGAAGGUGCCAAUGAUGAACAGCAAAUUACUGAAGAAAAAGCUCUUGAAAUAGGCAAAACACAUAUUCAUACAGAAUUAAAAACAUUAACUCCACUGGAUUAUGAAGUCCUAGUCCAUGAUAUGGCAGUUCCAUUAUGUGCAACGCUAUUUGACUCUGAAACUGGCGCUUUAACGCCUUACGGAGCUGAAUUUGCAGAAGAUUUUGCCGCAAUUAGCCAAGAUAUACCAACACUAAUGUCUUAUUUCUCAAAAUACGCAAGAAGUCCUAAUCUGAAGCUCCUUACUGAAGAUGUAAUGAGUCCUUUUGCGUUAUUUAAAUUUUUACGUUCAAUCUUUGAAUCUCCCGGAACUCUUUUACCAGCAUUACAGUUCGAACAGCCCAUACUAUCUGAAUUCAUUGUCAAAGUAUUCUCAAACGUUAAAACUUUGGCAUCAAAAAUCACAUAUUCAAAUGUUUAUCGAGAAAUCUACAAUAUUACUAAUAGUUUGCAAGUAGAAGACAAAAAAUUUAUUACCGACAUCGUAGAUGAUGCAAUUGCUGAGUGUUCAGUUACUUCAUAUCUUGGUAGGGGAACAAAGUUCCUUUCUGAUGAAGUCCGUGCUUACGUCAUCAAAGAAACAGGUGCAACCGAUGAAAUGCUUGAUGAAUUAAGAACAAAAAUCGGUCAUACGACGAAUUAUUUGAUGUUCAACACUUAUUUGCAUCAACAAGCGAAUACAUACGAGAAAACAUGGAUUAACUCGUUUAAAGGUACGAAAGAGACGUUUAAAGACGCACAACAAAAUUUACUUGCAUUAUCUCAAAAAGUCGGCGAAAUGAUGGCCAAAAAGCCACCUGUAGGUAACAUGCAUGUCCAGAUCAACAUUAAAUGGGAGCCAAAGUACCAAAAUACUCAUUUAACUCGUACCGCGUUUUUAGAAUUGUCUUACUUAGGAUAUACAACGACAAUGAGCUUAGCAUCGAACUACGCAGAGUUUGUAUUACCUUAUUUCGAUAAAAAUCAAAAGAUUGAAGGAAGAAUAUUAUAUAUCUCAGAAAAGAACCCAGAUUUACCUUUCCAGAUGGCAGAUGAAGAGACAUCUAAGCUUAUUCACUACUUUGAAAUCACAGAUAUUGAGAAAGAUACCGUAAUUUCUGAGAAAUUUAAGAAAUUAGGCGGAGUUGUCACUUCUACAUGCGGAGACAUGAAUUCUAUCAUUCAAAUCAAGAAGUCUGACAUAAUUCCUGUUACUCAGCCUCAACUUUCCAGUGAUAAUCUCGAUUUAAGUGUAAUUUUAGAUUAUUUAACCACAAAACUUGUCAUUGACUGGACAAGAACAACAGGAAGGAUGCCUCUGGUCCCUCCACAAGACUUUUUCAUUGCAAUUAUUGAUUUCGCUUUCAGACAUUCGAUUCCAUCUUCUGUUGUAUUUGUUUCUAUACUUUCUAAGCUAUACGAAGGAUGGUGCGAGGCCGAAAGCUACUUGAAUGCGUUCACAGCUUUGUUUAUGGUCGCUAGAAAUUGUUGUGAACUGAAUCAAACACCGGAAACAACAAAAGAUGCGUUUGAAAACAUUGUUAAGGACAUGCAGAAGAAAGUUCCACUGGAAUUAUACAACAGAUUGAAGAAUCCAGUGAAAUACGAAAGAUCUUCUUUAAUGCCACUGUUGACAUUGACCGGAUUGAUUGUAGAAGGUGACGUAAGAGCUUUGAUUGACAAGUUCUUGAAGGAGGCCAAGUCGUUCUUCGUCAAAUCAAUGCUUUUCAACGUCAAACCAGUAUUAUCCGAAAAACCUACAACGCAAGAGGCCAACAUCCUCUGGGAAUACAUCAGGAGCAUCAACCCAUCAGCACACAAUGAUUACCAGCACUUUACGUUCACUGUAACUUCAUUGGCAGAUUCAAUGUCCAUAGUUUCGCAGCGUUCCAAACUAGCGAAAUCAUAUUACGAAACUAAUGUUGUUCCUGUCGAUUUCAAGACGAUUACAGGAGAUACAGAGCUGUUUUCGCAGAUAACAAUUUAUCUGUUGAAUGCGUUCCUCAAAAUACCCAUAGAACUUAAUGACAAGGUCUUGUUCAAGUUUGUGUUCGCUUACAGAGAAGUUUGGGAGUAUUUGAAGUUAGGACCUGAUUAUUCCCCAUUCAAACUCUUCUUCGACAUUGUUUUGGAGUGGAUCACGUCCAUAUCGACCAGACUUAUCGAUUGGACGCAAAAAACUGUCGAAGUCGACACAUUUGAAGUAACAAAUCCAAGAUUGAUGACUUCAACGUCAAUUGGAGACCUGAUGACGAUGUUUUCCCAAUCAUUCUCAUUCGUGAACUCUCUAAAGUGGAAAAACAAGAACAUUGUCGAUAUUAUUUUCACUUAUAUUUCGACAUGUGUCUGUUGUCUUAAGUUAUACACAGAACUCCUCACUUUCCGUAUAGUUAAGUACUUCCCACGCGAUAUUAUCAUCAAUACAACUGAUAAUCUCUAUGUUAUUUCUGCGAUGAAGCAAUUAGACACGAUGCACAACAUUUCUGCGGCCACUCCACAGCAGAUGUAUGUCAUGAUCAACGAUUUCAGCCAAAUCAAGGUCCAAUGGUCUGAAUUUCUCCACAAUGUCCGUCCUUUGGUCGGAGCCUCUCCAAUUCCCGACCAAUUUGUUGAUCCUGUUCCUUACGUCAGUUCCAUCAUGGCUGUCAUUCCUCCCUUGUUUUCAGCGUUGAUAGAACACGAAGUUUACGACUAUGUUUCAACGCGAUUAUGGGUUGACAAUUCGUCAUUCAAGAAGAUCUUUGUGAAGAAAGCAUCGAAGAAAGUGUUGCAUCCAGAAUUUGAUAGCAGAAGUUCUUCUUUCUUCAAUGAUUUGUUCAAUAAAUGCACUGAUUUCAUCAAAAUCAGAGCUGACCAAUUAACAAAUCACGUGAAUAAAGAGAACAUGAUUCCGAUGCUUUCUGCUUUCUUCAGAGGAAUGGACGCAGGACUGAUGAAUAUUCUGUUGGCUGGAGAACCAAUUAAACACAAAAGAGUUGUUGUAAUUAUGAAUUUCAUACAGGACUUGUUGGCAUCGUUGUUUGAGCCAAUGAGGGAUGAUUUCGGAGUGACAGCAAAGCAGUACGUGGAGUGGGCGUGGAGAUCUAGACUUUGUUUGGACUAUUUGAAGGCAAGUCCUCAGGAAUUGGUCGGAAAAAUGAAUUCUGAAUCUGGUCAGAAAGGAUUAAUUUUCGAUAUAUUGGUUAGAUCGCAUACGAAUGAUAAAUACGCUGUGGAGAACGCUAUGCAGAAAGAUGCUAUUUAUCUCGGUGCAAGAUUCACAACAAAAGUUUAA